GAUGGAUUUGUUAAAACUUUCUUUUGUGUUCUUUACAGUUAACGUUGCCACAGUUCUUGGUUUCGGAGUCGACCCCGCUGGACGUAUCGAUGUCUUUGAAGUACUGGAGCUCGGAGACUAUGUCACUGGGGUUUCCCAAGUCCAGGGGCUGCACAACGAGAGCAGGGCAUUCCUUUUUCAAGACUCAUGGAGGAGCGUAAAGGCUUCAGCCGCGGCUGCGGAGCGGGUACGACAGAUGCUCAGAGGGAGGUCUGAGUUUACCCUCCUGCUGACGCUCAAACAGGACAAACUGAACUCCGGAGUGCUGCUCUCCAUCCACCACGCAGAGCAGAGGUUUCUGGAGCUGGAGAGCAGUGGCCAGCACAGUGAGCUGCGUCUCCGUUACAGAACUCAGGGCCAGCAGUCGCAUGCCGAGGUCUUCCCCUACGGCCUGGCCGAUGACCGCUGGCACAAGCUGUCACUGUCCGUCAGUGGCUCCCACCUCGUCCUCCACGUAGACUGCAGCAGGAUCUAUGAGAGGAUUGUGGAAGUCCCAUUGAUGGAUCUCCCCAUGGGAACCACUAUCUGGCUCGGCCAACGAAACGAUGCCCAUGGCUUUUUUAAGGGUAUUAUGCAAGACGUUCAGCUGCUUCUUAUACCACAAGGUUACAUCUCCCAGUGUCCGGAUCUGAACCGCACUUGCCCCACCUGCAAUGACUUCCACGGACUUGUCCAGAAGAUCAUGGAGCUACAGGACAUUUUGGCUAAGACCUCUAGCAAGCUGGCCCAUGCGGAGGAGAAGAUGAAGGAUUUGGAUGGCUGUUACUGUGAGAAGACCUGCAGUCUGGAUGGAGAAAUUUACAGAGAGGACGAGACCUGGACAGACAGAUGCAAGAACUGCACAUGCUCAAAUGGCACAGUGGAGUGUGAGAGCUUUUUCUGCCCUCAGCCACAGUGCCCACCUGAUACAGCUCCUGCCUAUGUCUCUGGUGCCUGCUGCAAAGAGUGCCAACCUAUAUGCCUGUUCAGAGGGAGAGUGUAUGUGGAGGGUGAACGGAGAAGUGUGAGAGACGCUGCUGGAAACUGUUUGCUUUUUCAGUGUCAGAAUCGAAGCAUGCGUAGGAUAGAGGGAUUCACCUGUCCGGAGCUGAACUGCCCUGAGUCUGAGCAGCUCACACUCACAGACAGAUGCUGCAGGGUGUGCCGAGGGCAUGAUUUUUGUGCUGAGGGCCAUAGCAGUAAUUGUGUGGAGGAUUCUGACUGUAUUAACCUGGAGGCAGGAGCCUGCUGCAGCUGCAGAGAUGGCUACCGUGCCCUGAGAGAUGACAGUGCCUACUGCCAAGAUAUCGAUGAGUGUGCGGAGGGAAAACACUACUGCAGGGAGAACACAGAGUGUGUUAACACCCCUGGAUCCUUCAUGUGCAUCUGUCACUCCGGCUUCAUUCGGAUCGAUGAGUAUUCCUGCACAGAGCACAAUGAGUGUGCGACAGGUGUGCACAGCUGUGAUGAAAAUGCCCUGUGCUUUAACACAGUAGGGGGGCACAGCUGCUCCUGUAAACCAGGCUAUGUGGGGAACGGUACUGUUUGUAAAGCUAUGUGUGAAGGCCUGUGUCAGAACGGAGGCACGUGCAUCUCUCCAGAUACCUGCAUGUGCCAACAGGGCUUCACUGGAAAGAGAUGUGAGACAGAUAUCGACGAGUGUUUGAAUGGGUUUGUCCAGUGUGACAGCCGGGCCACCUGUGUCAACCUACCAGGCUGGUAUCACUGUGAAUGCCGUGACGGUUACCACGACAACGGCAUGUUUUCAGCCAAUGGGGAGUCCUGCGAAGACAUUGAUGAGUGCCUGACUGGAAGACACACAUGCACCAAUGACACGGUUUGCGUGAAUGUGGACGGAGGCUUCGACUGCAGGUGCCCGCACGGCAGGAACUGUACGGGCGAUUGUUACCAUGAAGGAAAGGUCAAACACAGCGGACAGAUCUGGGUCCUGGACGAGGACAGGUGCUCGGUCUGCUCCUGCCAGAGUGGUCUGGUGACAUGUCGGCGGAUGGUGUGUGACUGUGACAACCCCACGGUGGAUCUGUUCUGCUGCCCUGAGUGUGACCCACGCCUGAGCACACACUGCCUACGUCAGAACGGCCUGCUCACCUACAACAACGGAGACACUUGGGUGGAGAACUGCCAGCAAUGCCAGUGCAUGCGUGGGGAGGUGGACUGUUGGCCUGUGCCCUGUCUUCCUGUCCCAGACUGUGAAUUCACGCAGGUUCCAGAGGGCGAGUGUUGCCCGCGCUGCGUCACAGACCCCUGCCAAGCCAACACCAUCCACAACGACAUCGCCAAGAGCUGCGUGGAUGAGUACGGCGUGACCCGGUUCAGCGGCUCCGCCUGGACCAAACACGGCACUGAGUGCUCUCUCUGUCAAUGCAAGAAUGGUCAUGUUUGCUGCUCUGUAGACCCUCUGUGCCUGUAG